AGAAAAACGAUACUGGCAAUUCAAAUAAUUAGACAUUAUGGAGAUCGACUCGGACAUUCCUCAUUUCCUCGCCACACAGAAGCGCCAGGUCCCAGCAACGCUUCAAAACUACUACAACACCUUUGAAGACCUUUAUGAGCGCAAAUUAUGGCAUCAAUUGACACUGGCGGUUCAAGAAUUUUUAUCAAAGCCCGAAUCAGGACCUUUUCAAGUGGAUCUUUACAAUAACUUCAUUUCAGACUGGGAAUCAAAGAUGAGUCAGCUUAAGUUGGUUACGUUUGGCGUCUCUGCUUCAAAGCAAAUUCCAGACCACACACAAGCCAGAGAAUUCUUGAAGACACUGACAGAAAAAGUCAAUAAGGAUGAGACAAGAGACGCCUACGUGCUGGCAAAGAUGGAACAGAGUCAUUUUGGAUUGUUAUUGGGCGAUCUGGACUCGACCAAGAAGGACUUGGAAGAGUGCUCAAAGCUCCUUGAUAGUUUUGACUCUGUUGACCCUCAUAUCAAUGCCAGCUAUCUCCGUGUUUCUGCUGACUUUUACAAGAUCAAGGCUGAAUAUGCAAAGUAUUACAAGAAUGCAUUACUCUACUUGGCAUGCGUGAACAUUGAUGAUCUUUCUCAAGCCGAGAAGGCAAGCCGUGCGAACGAUCUGGCUCUGUCGGCACUCCUUGGCGAUUCGAUUUAUAACUUUGGUGAACUUUUGAUGCAUCCAGUUUUGGAAUCUUUGGUCGGCACAGAACGCGAAUGGCUCAAGAAUCUUCUCUUUGCUUUCAACAGUGGCGAUAUUGGAAAGUUCGAGGCUCUUUCUCCUCAUUUUACUCAAGAGAAUAUCUUGCAAUCCAACAUCGAUGCUCUGCGCCAAAAGAUCUGUCUGAUGUCACUUACAGAAACAGUGUUCAAACGCAGUUUCGAUAACCGCUCGAUUCCUUUUGUAACCAUCUCUUCUGAGACAAAGUUGCCUUUGGAGGAAGUUGAGAUCUUGGUGAUGAAGGCACUUUCGCUUGGUUUGAUCAAAGGAACUAUUGAUCAAGUCGACUCUGUUGUACGUGUGAACUGGGUACAGCCACGUGUCCUUGACAGAAAUCAGAUCAAGGGUAUGCAAGAUCGACUUGGUGCGUGGAAUGAAAAUGUCAAGGCGACAGCACUCACUAUGGAAGCUGAAGCCUUAGAUAUCUAUGCGUAGUAUUAUUAAAGAGUUGUAGUGUCUCUGGACAAUUAUACGAUACAAAAUAUUAAAAAUUUACAAGCAGCAAUAGAUGAGGA